GUUUCCUCUUGUUUAAGCAAAAUUGAACAUCUCUACCUAAAUCUCCCCCAUAUAUACGGCGGCUAGUUAGCCACCACUUAUCUGAGUUAUCUCUCCUACACCACAACAUUUCGUGAAAAAAAAUGGAUUCUUCACUUAACGUCAUUGACGUGUCACGAGUCACCCCUUCUGCCUCGUCCGAGUCACUCACUCUCCCCCUCACCUAUUUCGACAUUUUCUGGUUCAAAUUCCACCCCGUCGAACGAGUCAUCUUCUACCAAGUCACUGGCGCAACUCGCCCUCUCUUCGACUCAGUCAUCGUCCCAAACCUCAAAUCCUCUCUCUCCUCAUCCCUCUCUCACUAUCUCCCACUCGCCGGAAACCUCGUCUGGGACUCACUCGAUCAGAAACCGAGCAUCGUUUACUCCCCAAACGACGCCGUUUCAUUCACUGUCGCCGAGUCCAACGCUGAUCUCUCCCGCUUAGCCGGAAACAAACCGUUCCCUACCGCCGAGUUGCACCCUUUGGUGCCCCAGUUACAAAUCUCCGACGACUUGGCCUCAGCCGUGUCGUUUCAAGUCACGCUGUUCCCAAACCAAGGGUUUUGCAUCGGCGUGACUGCACACCAUGGCGUUCUUGACGGAAAAACGGCAACCAUGUUUCUUAAAUUCUGGGCAGAAACAUGCAAACGCCAACAAGACCAAACGGUAAACACUUCCUUACCACAGGAUCUAAUCCCCCUUUACGAUCGUACGGUCAUUAAAAAUCCGAACAAUAUCGAAGCGAAGAUUUUGAACGAGUGGUACUCUUUGCUCAAAAUGUUCUCCGGCGGUAAAGAACCAGACAACCCCAAGAGCUUAAAGAUUCUUCCGUCGCCGGAGCUUAGUCCAGACGUCGUCCGGUUAACUCUGGAACUCACCCGUGAUGAUAUCCAAACGCUUCGUGAGCGACUCAAGAGAGAGUCCUCUGCUUCAACGUCACCUAAAGAGCUAAGAUUGUCGACGUUUGUAGUUACGUAUUCGUACGCGUUAACGUGUCUAAUCAGAGCUCGUGGCGGUGACCCGAGUAGACCAAUCGGGUAUGGCUUCGCGGUGGAUUGUCGAGGCCUUCUUGAUCCGCCCGUCCCGUCGAGUUAUUUCGGGAACUGCGUUUCGGCUACGUUUAAAAUGGCGUUAGCGGCGGAGACGUUUAUGGGUGAAGAAGGGUUCUUGGUUGCUGCUAGCAGUGUUAGCGAUUCGGUUGAGGAGUUGGAUGAGACUGUUGCGCUGAAGCUUGUGGAUAUGUUGGCCUCGUUUCCCGAUUUUCCGCCAGGGGCGCAGCUUGUGUCUGUUGCCGGGUCGACCCGGUUUGGCGUGUACGGGUUGGAUUUCGGGUGGGGUAGACCCGAGAGAGUUUUAGUUGUGUCGAUCGAUCAAGGCGAAGCGAUAUCUAUGGCAGAGGGUAGAGAUGGGGAUGGUGGUGUGGAGGUUGGCUUCUCGCUCAAGAAACACGAAAUGGAGGCUUUGAUUGAUUUGCUUAACGACGGAUUAAAAAAAUAGAUCACUUUUCGUGAUACAUUAAGUGCUAAUAUAGUGAAUAGUGUGCCAUUUAUAUUCUUAUAUCACAACAUUUUCAGGAAA